AUGCAUUAUCGAAUUCGUCCCUCCCUCACAAAUAUCUCGACCCAAGAGCUUGUCGUGGUUGGGUCAAAGAAUGAGGAGCAAGCAGCAGACCCCAAGAUUCGAAGAUUAUGGGAAGACCAACAAACACAGAAAUCAGACCCAGAGCCGUUGUACUUUAUGAGACGCCCAAAAUCAGCCUUUCUUACAGACUUUGUUGUCGAAUUUGUCGAGUUUGGCUGCCAGUACGUGUUCAUUGCCUCGAAUGGCCUAGGCCAAUGGUACUAUGACCCGAUCAUAGUUGCAGAAGAAGAGCUGGGUCUUUCUUUGCCGGCCGCCGUGAAGACCAUCUCACACCCCUUCUACAGCGAGGACCUUGUCCGGGUCACGGUGGGACUACAUAAAUCACUAAUGAUUCUGCUACUAGCCGGUGGCAAGUUUGGGGAUUGGACCUUUUGCCAUCAGCCCAAAAGCCAUUAUCACCAGGUCCUCAAAGUGUUCUGGAAUCUUGAACUCUACACCGAAGAUCUCGGUAAAGUAUGGGGUACUCAAGACCGCCCAGAAAUAGGUUAUACGACACAUGUUGUCUGCGGAAGUGCCAGGCUUGUUGAUAUUUUUGAUGCCUUGUGUGGAGAAAAGGUGAAAGAUAAGGAUGAGUUAUUUUUGACUGAUGUGCCAACUUAUUACGACCUGGUUCGUUACAACUACAUGAGAGCAGCGGGAACUGAUAGACCGAUGCUCAAAAUGGUGAUCGGAAAAUCGUACUCAUACUACCAGGGAAGGGUUGAACAGCUUUGGUUGUGUGACUUGGGCUGGAAGGUCCACGUGGUUGAUAGUGCGGCGUGGGUAGUUCCAUCAAGGCGGACCUGGCUUGAACAAAGCACAAAACCCUAUAAUCCAAACAAUAAAGAUGUUGUGGUUAAUAAUGGCGCCAAAAAAGGAUGA